AUGACGUUUCUCUUCUCUCUCUUUCGUUUGCUCUCUUGGAUAAUCUCCGUCUUCUUCCAAACAAUCAAAUCAUUGCUCGUCCUCAACGGACUGUUACCUCCACCACCCUUCCCUAUCUUCCGUGUCCCAUACCUCCCGUUAGCCAGAAUUAUCGAUUUUAUGGAGCCCGAAGCAUUAGUAUCGCUGUCUUUCUGCUCUCAGAAAAGUCACUCUGUCAUAAAAACUCAACAAAGAGCAUCAUUCAAUGGACGUAUCCGUGUUUCAUGGCCACACAGAGACGUCAUGUUUUAUUCAGUCAAAAAUCUAACUCGUGUUUUGCGUGCUGCCAAUUACUCGUAUUUUCCCAAGUCUGAGAGAAGUAAUUAUGUGAAAAUGAACGGGCAGAACGUUCCAGUUAUAAUGCACCCUUUGGAUGGAUUUCUAGUUUCCGGCUGGGAGAAUAUAACGGAGGGAUUGGAAACUAUUACUGACUAUGUUACCAACCUAUUCAAUAUUGAUAUAUCAGAAGUCUUUGUAUCUGACGAUUCAUUCAAAAUGAUAGAAUGGGUGAACAGUAGACAAACAACACCAUUGAAAAAAAUAGUUUACAUGGCCAUGGCCUGGAGUCCUUGCUCAUCGGAAGAUGAAAUGAAUUAUAUUCUGAGGGAUUGCCGGUGUUCAUCUGAAAUACGCAUCCACUCAAAGGCCCCAUCCAGUUUUCGCUUCUCGGGAAACUUCCGUAGAAUCGAUUGUUUAGAUAUCAGUAAUUCCGAAUGGGUAACAAUAGAUAACUUAUUGACCAUGGAUGGAAUUGAUAUUCAUCUAGACAAUGCCAGUCUCACUAAUAGUGAUUUUAAUGUCUUCCUGAAGCACUGGCUGUCUGGAGGGUGUCCUCGAUUGAAACUAUUCUGCGCUAGAAUUGGUUCUGUAGAUAUCUUUCGAGUCCUCGCUGGCUUACGGCAUAACGUCGUUCGUGUGGAGAAUCGUCGUGACUACAACAGCCCCUUUGGACACCAAUGGACUUUGUGGGAUGGAUAUGACAUCCAACGUGCGGAUGGUGCCCCGGCCGUAUGUCUUCCUCAACAGAACAACACACUUCUGUACGCUUAUUCUACUGAUAUCGACUAUUACACGUUUUGGUAUGGUGCCAGGAGUAUAGUCAGUUAUGCUUCUACCUAUGCAACAACGGCAAGUGUUCGAUUCGAUACAAAACAAGAAGAAGAGAUUGAGUAUCACACGGACUGGAAUAGUUUGAAUAUUUCUAUAUAUUCUCAUCAACCGGAUCCAUCACUUGGAUAUGAAGAUAAUACUACUGGAAGCAACUUGUACAGUGUGUUGAAGAAGUUUCUCAAUAAUGGGAAGGUGUCAUUAUGCGGAGCCCAAAUUAUUGUAUUAGUGAAACGGUAUCCAGAUGAGUCUGAUGUAUCUGACAUCAUUUCCCAACUACGAGCCAAUCAUGUGUUGGUGCACAUUGGUGUCGACAGUAUCCCAUCGGGUGGUUCCAAUUCUGCGACACUAUAUGAAAUGUCAUUUCAAACCAAUGGAUACUGUGCGUUCGCCACCGGCGGUGAUCUUUUUAGUGCUUUUGGCGACAUGGCUUGGAUACUUGGUAAUCCUUACCAAUUCAUUGCUCAAAACUUUGUGGUUUCUGGAUCGGGUCGAAUCAAAAUACCGGCAUUUAAAUCUCCGAUACCACCUGGUAUUCAUGCAGAUUUUUGUUAUUUUGCAAUAACUGUUCAAAACCACACACUCGACAAUUCAUUCGUAUCUAUGAAUCACACAAUAGAGAGUACUACUGGAUAUGAUGUGAAAACAUUUCCGAGUAACGGUAUUAAUCUUCUUUGGGGAACUGCACAAACAGGUGAAUUGUUUCUAAACGGAUCCCUCUCUUACAAAUGGACAAUUGACUAUCAUUAUAAUAAUGAUGAACCACAAAUCAUAGAAUGCAGAAUGUACAGUCCUGAGCACUGGCUGUCUGGAGGGUGUCCUCGAUUGAAACUAUUCUGCGCUAGAACAGGAUCCGUGGAUAUCUUACAAGUACUCGCUGGUUUACUGCGUAACGCCGUUUUCGUGGAGGGUCGUGGAGACUACACCAGCCCAUUUGCAUACAGGAGAACUUUGACAUCUGGAUUUGAUAUACGGCGUGCGGAUGGUGUGACAGCGACCGUAUGCAAACAGGGGAAUGGAACCCUGGUUAUUGCUGUUUGGCCGGAGACCACUUAUAAUUAUAAUUAA